AAUUUAUUAGAAUUAAAAAAAAACGGUUACUCUAAGAUUGAAAUGAUUACAUUUCCCCUGAAAUCUUAGUAAUCAACGGUUUUUGUUUUGAUUUUUUGUUCUUCUCACAAUUAAUAAUCUAAUUGAUGUUAAUCAACUUUAAGGUGUAACUAAAUUGUUCCUAAAUAUAAUUAGUGUGUACAUUGUGAUGCUUAAAGUGAUUAAAUUGCGAAUUGUUACUUUUUUCUUGUUAAAAGAUUUCAACAUGAGAUCAGUUAUCCUUUUAGUUUUGUUGCUCUUUGAGUAGCUCAAGAAAAACACUUCACCCUAAUUGUUAAUUCAUCUAAUACUUGUUGUUUACCUACAACAUUAAUUGUCUUGUUGUUGGUUAAUGUUAAUUUGUUAAUCUGUAUCUCUAAUGUUUCCAUCACCCUGAUCAGCAUCCAAAUUAAAAAUAAAACGAGUAAAACAUUUGAUGAUAAUGAUGAUUAUAUUAUGGAAACAAUUGAUUCACUUGAUAAAUCCAAUGAAACCGCCAAACCAAAUAAACGAAUUGUCUGCUAUUAUCGAGUGGAAGAAUCAUUUAGACCCUAUGAUAUUGAUCCAAAUCUUUGUACUCAUCUAAUUUAUUCAUAUGUUGUGAUCAAGGAAAAUUUCGCCUUCGUUGCUGGAAAAAAAGGCGAUUUGAAAUUCCUUGGACAAUUAAAGCAACGAAAUCCUGACCUUAAAGUGAUCGUUUCGUUACGUCCUUCAGGUCGAGAGUUUUCCUUAGAUGGGACAUCGUCAUCGUCUUCAUCUUUGUUUCACAAUUCUGAUCAUAGUAACUCAUCAGGACUUGCGAUUAAAACUAAAUUUGCUCGAAAAGUUCAAGAAUUUAUCCUUCGUCAUGAGUUGGAUGGUGUUGAUUUGGACUGGGAAUUUUUCCGUGAUUCAACUAAAGACAUUUCUACGAAAAAAGAUUCACUUCUUUCAAUUGUUCAUCUUUUACGAACUUUAUUCAAUCAAUUAUCAUCAGGUAAUCCAGAUAAUGAUCGUUUAAUUACCAUAACUACAAGUAAAUACCCUCGAGAAUUAACUGAUGAUUAUGAUUUUGGUAAUUUACACAAGUAUAUCGAUUUUGUCAGUGUUCCUGCUUACAAUUAUGAUUCUGAAGGUAAAUCAGUUCGACAUCCAGCUCGACUUCAUGGUAUUUCAGACAUGGAAAACAUGGAUUCACUUGUUGAUUUAGUUCUGGCUUUAGGUCUUCCAGCUGAUAAAUUGAUCAUGGGAUCUCCAGCUCAUGGUAUUUUAUAUAAAUUAGUUAAUUCAAGUCAAACAAUUCCUGGUUCACCAGCAAUUGCCUGGAAUUACAAUGAAGCAAUUAUUUCACAUGCAAAGAUUUGUGCCAUUCGUGAUAAUACCAACUGGACAUUGGUCAGAGAAAAGGAUUUGACUUCACCUUAUAUUUACUUCAACAAUAAAUGGAUUGGUUUUGAUGAUGAAAUUAGUCUUAAAUUAAAGACCAAAUAUUCAGUACUUCGAGGACUUGGUGGUAUCGCUUUGUGGUCUGUUAAUGAUGACGAUCCUCAAGGUAAAUGUGGUUAUGGCCCAUUCCCCUUAUUGCAAACAAUUAAAUCAGUUUUAACAUUUCCAACGGAUCACAUUAAUCAACCUUAUGGUAAAUUGGCUUCGAUUGUUAAACCAAAAAGUGACAGUUUUGGUUUAGGUACAUCAUUUGUUGCAAUCGUUGAAAAGUAUGGUAAUGUUGAGAAGAUAAAUGAUGAAGAUGAUUCAUCUAAAGAUGAAGUGUCGACAUCAUUACCCUGUUCCGAAUCGGGUUACAUGAGGCAUCCAAAAGAUUGUUCCCGGUUUUACCGGUGUGUCCGGUAUGAUGAUGGUUUAUCAUCAUCAUCUAAUUCACAGUUAAUCAGAUUUCAAUAUGGAUGCCCUCAGGGUUUACUCUUUGAUGAUAAAUAUGAGAUCUGUAAUUGGCCCUCUUGGUCACCUCCUUGUAAUGGUUCAGGUGAAAUCAUGGUUGUUGACAAGAAAACAUUUACCUGUCCCUCUUAUGGUUACUUCCAGGAUCCUGACAAUUGUGAAUUUUUCCACUAUUGUUCCGAUUUUGGUAAAGGUCAUUUCCAAGGGUAUGAGUUUAAAUGUCCAUUCGGUCUUGGUUUUGAUGAAGAAAAGCUCCUUUGUAAUUGGAAAUGGUUAGUUCGAGGCUGUGGAACAUCCGAACCUGAUUCAAAUGGCGAUGGUUCGUCUAAUCUUGAUUCCAUUUUGUCCAAUUUUCCAUCUUCAUUCCUUCCAGUCGCAAGCGAGUCAAGUGAAAUUAGCGUUGAUAGUUCAAAGGGAGAUGAUUUUAGUUCAACCGAUGAAGAUGAAUUAUCAGCUCGAUCAGAUGAUUCGGAAGAGAUUAAAUAUCUUGAUGACUCUUCAAGUGGCCACAUUGAUCUAAGUGCUGAGCAUCGAGAAGCUGAACCUAAAUCAAGACGAUCCUUUGCUCGUGCUCUCAAAGAGCAUGUAACUGAAUUCGUAGGAAAUGUCGGUACCAAAGUGAAAACUUUGUUCACUGGAUCAGAAGGAAGUGAUUCAAUUGAACGACGAGAUGUACUUAAUGCCCCAGGAGGACAUUUCGGCUCAUGGUUAUCAAACAUCAAUCCUUUCUCUGGAUCACCGCCUGCAGUUAUCCCCUUGAAAGAUGUUCGACCAGAUCGGGAACCUCGAAGACCUCCAGUUACACCUUUGACUGGCCGAGGCUCGAAUCCCAAGGAACCAAUGGUUUCUAUUCCUGUUAUUGAAAUGUCCAAACCUCAUGGUCAUGGUAACAAUGGUGGUCGAAGGGAAGAGAAACACUUAAGCGAAGGUCGUCAUCGUGGACCCAAAAAACCUUCAGUUCAAUAUGCUGACGUUGAACCCGAACAAGUUGGUCCAAUAAAGCCUAAUGACCACAGAGAACAACGACCGCAACAACAGUCGGGACCAAAUAAACCCAAUCGUGAGACAGUCGCCGUUCCUGUGAUUACAAUUAAAGAUCAAUCAAUUCAACGUAGACCAGAUCCUGUAGGUGUUUCAUCAAACAACGGACCAAGACCAUCAGGUCAACGUGAGCAAAACAAUCGUCCAACUGGUGAAAGACCAAAUAAUAAUAAUAAUAAUAACAAAGUUUCUGGACCAAUUCCAAUCCCGUUACCUAAGGAAGGAAUUCGUGAACAAAAACGCGGCGGUCAAGAUCAAAAUCAACGACCACAAAAACAACAACAAAAUCAACCACCAACUCGUGUUAAUGGCCAACCAACUAAUAACGGAGGUCUUCAAAGUUCUGCUUCGAUUAUUCGUCCUCAACAUGUUCCACAAUCAGUUGAUCAUCAAAAAGGUAAUCAAGGUCCGCCACAACACCGUAAACCAACACAACCAGAAUUAAAUAAACCCAAUCAACAUCAUCACCAACAAAAACCACAGAAUAGACCAAAUGUCGAUAUGAAAAAUAUCCCCGGUGUCGAAAUGUUACCUGGAUAUGAAGUAGACAUAAAGCCUUUGGAAGUUCAAGAAAUGUUAUUAAAUGGUCAACUUGGUGCAAAUGCUGCAGCGAUUGCUAAUAAUCCCGAUCUAAUGAAACAAGCUCAAAUUUUCUUACCUGGAUUACGGGAACAUGUUCGGGAACAUGUUCGACAACAUCUUAAGAAUCAAAUGAAAAAACCUGGUCCACCACAAGCUCCUCAACCUAUUAAUCAACAUCAACCACAUUCUCAACAACAAGCACCAAACCGCCAACAUCAUCAACAACAAAAUCCACAAAUACCGAACCAACAACAAAUGAAUCAUCAACGAAAUCAGCACAAUCAACCACAACAUCCACAAAUACCUAAUCAACACCAUCAUCAACAUCAAAAGCCACAACAACCAAUUACCCAUCCUAACCAACAAACCCCUGGCAUUAAUCAUCAUCAUCAACCUCAAAUUAAACCAACACAUGGAAAUCAACCACAAUUACCCACAAUGCACCACCACCAACAACAACAAAACCAACACCAACAACAGCAACAACAGCAUCAUCAUCAACAACAACAACAAUUGCAGUCACAAGGAGGAAGACCUCAACCUCAACCUCAACCACAACCACAACAUCAAAAUCAACAUCAUCAAUCACCAAAUGUUCAAAACGGUCCAAAUAAACAAAUCAACAACAACAACGUUCCAGUUACACCAAGACCGAUGAACGGUGUCACUUUCACCCAGCGACCAGUUCAAGAUACCAUGUACAAAGCUCAAGGAAGUGGUAAUUACAUGGCCGUUCAAGGACAUAAGCAAUCGCAUUACGGUGUAUCAUCAGAAUCUCAAUUAGUAAAUGGACCUCAUGGUGGAUCAAAUAAUCGAAAUCCAUCUGAACCUUUACCAAUAAGUAAAAAUGGCUUCAUACCAAUUCAACCUUCGGGUUCACAAUUUACAUCAACAUUUACAAAUCAACACCAAUGGCCUGGAACCAAUAAUGGAAACGAUAAAAACAAUAACAACAUGCAAACCUCGGGAAGUAGUAAUGAAUAUCAUUACUAUUCAAAUUCUGCUGAUCCUUCAAUGGACGUUCCCAAUUUCGUGAAAAUUGUUGAAUUACCAACAAGCUCAUCUGUUUCCCCAUCAACAUCCUCAUCACAAGCAACUUCAUCUACUACACCAAAAGCAACAACAACAACGACAACCACCACCAAGAAACCGCAACUAUUAAUCAUCCCAGUUCCUGACAGUCAUCCGCAAGCUUCAAAUAUUGAUGAAGUUGAAAAAUUGGCUUCAAUGUAUCCAAAUAUAUUCCCGUCGGGACUUGACUUUAAACGUAUUUCAACAACAAGAAGACCAGGAUCAAUUAUCCCACCUAAAGGUAAACCAAAUGGUAAAGAUGAUGUACUUUAUGUUGUAGUUGAUGACAAAAAUAAACCAAUUGGAAAUCCAAUUAAAUUACCAUCAGAUCAAAAUGGAAAUCAACUUUUCGAUGAAAGUAAAAUGUCAUUGGAUGAAAUUUUACGAAAUCCUGACCUACUUACCGCUCUUUCUCAACAAGGUUACAAUUACGAAACUUUAAUUGAAGCCAGUGGAUUAGGUCAACGUAUUAAUCCAUCAAUUGCCAAUCGACCUCAACCACAACCUCAACAACAUUUCCACCACCAAAGACCAGUCUCAUCGUUCCCACCACACCAGCACUUACCUGCACCAGGUAACUGGAUAAAACACAACGAGGCCGAAAAGUCGAUCAACGAUGUCAAUAGUCAACAUAAUCCAAAGAACACUUAUCGAAAACCAUUCCAGCCCCUUGCACCGAUCACACCACCACCACCACCACCACCAACGAGAGCAAGACCAAUUUCAUCAACAGUUUCAAUUGUUAACCGUCAACGACCAUCAGCACCAUCAACAACAACCUCGACAACAACAACAACAACUCUCCCACCUGUUACUCAAUAUGAUCUUAAACGAACAACCAAAAAACCAAGUAAAUCACCACCACGUUCAUCCGUUACUUCAACAACAACAACAACCACCACCACCACCACUACCACAACUACAACUCCUCCACCUUCAACCUCAACAACUACAGUUCCACCGACAACAAUCAAUCCUCCCUCAGUAUCAACAGUCUCUCCAUCAGUUACAAGUCCAUCUUCAUUAACUAACGGUACUUUAACUACUGAUGACAAUUUCUUCCUUGGGGCUCAAUCAAUUCCUCAAGCUUUAUAUGAAUCAAUUCAAGCGGUAAUUGCUCAACAUUUAUCACAAUCAGGAAUUAGUACAACAACUACAACAGCAAGUCCACUUUCAACCGGAUCAACUCCAAUUAACUAUGAAGGAUCAACAGUUGACUCAUUACGAGUACCCGGCUCACUAAUCCCACCCCAACAACUACCACCACACCCACAGGGUAACAAUAAUAUCAACAAUCAGCCUCCAGCUUAUCAUUCAUAUUAUUAUCAGCCCCCUGGUUCAAAUGAAACUGUUGUCUAUGGUCAAGGAUGGCCAUCUUAUCAACCUUCUUGGUAUCAAUAUGCUUUCCCACCCUCUCCCAUUUAUCCCUCUGGUAUUAACUUUACCAAUCCAAUGGGAUCACCUUAUUAUCCUCUAGGCUCACCCUACCCUGGACCACUCCACCCACCUCAUCAUAUCAACUAUCAACCUCAAUAUCUACCCAAUGGUUCACCUCAAAUCGGAUCUCAACCUUCCGGUUCAUACUUUGAUCUUCAAUACGUUACACCUUCGGACGUUACCUCCCCACCGAUUUACGCUAAAACCUCCGAGUAUCCAAUCAACCCACCCACAGUCUCACCAAAUGUUCAUGACAAGUAUGGAGUCUAUGAUACUUAUGACUACCAUGUUCAUGGAGGAUACGAAGCACCGAUAGGCUCAGGUGGAUACACAAACGAUUAUGUGAGAGCUUCAACAUCAUUCCCAAUCCAAUCAACCACACCAUCGACAACAACAACAACCACCACCACUACGACCACCACAGCAGCACCUCCAACAACCAGAAAAGUUUCCAUUGAAACGGCAACUGAAUAUCUAACUGAACGUCCAUUUGAUAUAUUGAGAAACAAAGGUGACUCUCCACAGAUUCAAGUCUACAUCGUUCAAGGUGCUAAUGGACCUCAAGUAAAGACGAAAACUGUUCAUCCUCAUCCAUCCUCAUCUUCAUCUUCAGUUUCAUCAUCAUCAUCAUCAUCGUCGUCAUCUUCAUCUUCAUCUUCAUCAUCAAAAGAUUCGCCAAAUGUUAAAGUUUAUGUUAUCGAUGAGUUAAAAGAGCCCGGACAAAGUGAAUCGAUUCAAGAUAUUAGUAAAACCGAUAAUCCUCAUCGAGGAUAUGGUCGACCGAUUGGUGUUGAAGAAUUGGAAUCAGUUCAUGAGAUAAGCGACAAUAAUAAUGGUAACAAUUAUUACUCAUUCUCAUAUGAAUCUCGAGGCCGGUCAACUACUCCGACUUAUCCAUCUUAUCAACCACCAGAAACAUCCAGACCAGAGGUGAAUGAAAACAAUUCAGGAGGAGUUAAUCAUUAUCGUGACAUUGAAUAUGAAGAUGAAUCUUCAGGUGAUCAAGUUAAUAGUGGAAACGUUAACGGUAAUCAAGAUAAUCAAGGUUUCCUUCCAGCGGCUAAAGUUAAUUCCCUGCAAAGUUUAUACAAUACGAAUCUUUAUCCAGGCUUAAGAAACUUUACCGAUGGUUCAGUUCCGGAAGCGGCCUGUACCCGGGCUGGUCUAUUCCAACAUCCCGGUGAUUGUAACAAAUUUUAUGAAUGUUAUUGGGACAAAUUCAUCAACAAGUUUACUCUCCAUCUAUUUGAAUGUCCAGUUAAAUUAGCUUUCGAUUCACGAAUUGUUGGUUGUUCUGCUCCAACUGAUCCAACUGUUUGUGUCCAAUAUUAAAAACAAUACAAAUUGUGGAUCAACAAUUAAUCAAUUAAUCAAAGAGAUGAU